GCAGGUUGGCAGGUUAGGAUAGACUAUACGGUUAGGAGGAAACAAUGUCAUUCCAAUUCGCCAUCUACUACUUAUUUGAUAAAACACUUAAAGUGGAGAGUACGUCGCUCAUUCUUAGUAGCAACCAGUUCACCCAAGUGGUAUCCAAGCCGGACCUUGAUGACGACACGAACUGGAUUGAAAUAAAGUGGCCUACGAGAAAAGAACCAAAGAGGACGGUGGCUGCUAAGGUUCUGUUAUUUGGAGACUCCUACAAAGAACUCGUGUCGAAAAAGAAUUUGUUCCUUCUCGGUAAGGAUAUAUGGGCCGAGGAGGAAAGCAGGGGUGUGCGCAUGAAAAAGAAAAUGUGGGAGACCGACGUAGUAAAGCCUAAAACGGCCGUGCAGGCAAAACAAACCAGGAUCAAAGAGGCAGCCAGCAACCAGGUGUUACAAAACCUAAAGGCUUCCCUGUCUCAAAAGAGGGCCCUAGACACACAAGAUCACCACUGCAGUUCUGACGAUGAAUCUCCACAAAGGGGAAAGCGAGCAAAGAUUUACAAGGCAGCAAGACGUGUGCUUUUACCCCUGGCAUCCAGUCCCAGUUCUGAUGACGCCACAUACAUAGGGAGUCCACAACGGCAUGACAUUGACCAUGCCUCAGAUGAAGAGUUGGGUUUCUCCUCAGCCCAGAGAACGGAACUGACGGGCGAUAAUACUGAUCAUGGCAUGGCACCUGGAAUGAAUGAAGUCAUGUCUGCCCUUCAUGACCUGCCAGAAAUGAUUAAAUCAAUGAGGGAGUGUGUGGAGUCUGUCAGGGCAUUGAUGUCCUCAUUCGGGGGGAACCCUUCAUCUGCAAUAUCAUCUUCUCCUGUGGACAGUGCAAUUGAACAG